AUGUCGGGAGCAGGAGCAUCAGUGUGCAACGGCACGGCGCUGCCAACCUCUACGGCAUUCCAGAUCGCUGCAGGACGUCCGUUCUGCGGGUAUGUCGGCUUCUCGCCCUCAACCUCGGGUUCCUCUGCGAUCCAAUCUUGCUGUGCUGGCAUGGUCCUGAACGGAAGCCAGUAUGACGCCAGUGAAGCGGCCGCAUCUGCUCCACGCAAGUAUGAGGGCUGUAUCGUCUACUGCCAGGUCGCAGAGAAGUUCGCACGACGGCCAACCGAGUGGCAACGCUGUGUCGAGCCGCUCUUACCACCGUCUUCCGUGGGUGAUCAAUGGACUUGCGACUUCGGAAGGAACAUCUCGAUCAGCGGUGCCACGGUGAAUGGCUCCGAGUCCAACAGCGGAUCCAACACCGGCUCUCCAAAUGGAGCUGGAAGGGAUAUCAAGAUGACAGCAUCCAAUACGCUUCUACCGCUGGUCAUUUUGAUCCUACUGGCCCUACAGCUGGUCUUGCCCGCCGCCGCAGCGAACACAUCGGCGUGA